UGGGCGCUGGGCGCCAACCGCCCGCCAUGGAGCCGGGGCGGCUGCGGCGCCGCCUGGGCUCCGCGUUCCGGCUGCGGGGGCUGCUGCUGCGGGCGGAUGCUCUGAAGUACCUCACUGAAGCUCUGCAGUCCACCAGUGAAGGAGAACUUGAUGAUGUAAUCGAAAAUGUCAUUGAUGCUGUUGAAAAACAGCCUUUGUCAUCUAAUAUGAUUGAACAACCCACAGUGGAGGCAGCUGUUCAAGAAUGUAGCAAGGGAUCAGAUGAAUCUAUAGAAAAUGUUUUCAACAUUAUUGGAGCCUUCGACAUUCCACGUUACGUUUAUAAUUCAGAAAGGAAGAAGUUUCUGCCUCUGUCCAUGACCAACUUCCCUGCACCAAAUUUAUUUGGAACUGCCAGAGACAAAGCAGAGCUGUUCCGUGAGCGCUACUCCAUCUUACAACAGAGGACUCACAGACAUGAGCUGUUUACUCCUUCAGCAGUCGUUGCUCAUCCUGAUGACAGUAAGAGCAAAUUUCAGUUGUACUUCUCCAGUGGCAUCUUGGUUUUACAUCCCAUCUGGGUCAUCAGUGGAAACGAGUCCUUUUUGCUUAAAACAGUAGAAACUCUACUGGGCAAUACAGCGAAAGUGGGAGAAGUGAUUGUGCUUGGGAUGAUAACUCAGCUCAAAGAGGGGAAGUUUUUCCUGGAAGACCCUACAGGAGUUGUCCAGCUGGACCUUAGUAAAGCCCAGUUCCACAGUGGUUUAUAUACUGAAUCCUCCUUUGUUUUGGCAGAAGGUUGGUAUGAAGAUGGAGUUUUUCAUGUGAACGCUUUUGGAUUUCCGCCUACUGAGCCUUCUGCUACCACUAGAGCCUUCUAUGGGAAUGUGAACUUCUUUGGAGGGCCUUCUUCAACAUCAGUAAAGGCUUCUGCAAAACUGAAGCAGCUGGAGGAUGAAAAUGAGGAUGCCAUGUUUGUGUUUCUUUCUGAUGUGUGGCUGGACCAAGCAGAAGUACUGGAGAAGCUUCACACCAUGUUUUCAGGUUAUUCCUCAGCACCUCCAACCUGCUUUUUCUUUUGUGGGAAUUUUUCAUCUGCCCCAUAUGGAAAAAACCAAAUUCAGUCACUGAAAGGUUCCUUGAAGGCUCUUGCAGAUAUUAUACGUGAGCACCCCAGCAUUCAUAAAAGUAGUCGAUUUGUGUUUGUUCCUGGCCCUGGAGACCCUGGUCCUGGCUCUAUUUUACCAAGACCUCCCCUGGCUGAAAAUAUUACUGAGGAGUUCAAGCAGCUGGUGCCUUUUUCAGUUUUCACCACAAAUCCCUGCAGGAUUCAAUAUUGCACCCAAGAAAUCAUUAUCUUCCGUGAAGAUUUGGUGAACAAAAUGUGCAGGAACUGUGUCCGCUUCCCUAGCAGCAACAUGGACAUUCCCAACCAUUUUGUGAAGACGAUAUUAUCACAAAGCCACCUGACACCCCUCCCACUGUACAUCAGCCCUGUCUACUGGGCCUACGACUACUCCCUGAGGGUGUAUCCUGUGCCAGACAUGCUGGUGAUUGCAGACAAGUAUGACCCCUUCACUGUCACCAACACCGACUGCCUGUGCAUCAACCCUGGUUCAUUUCCAAGAAGUGGAUUUUCAUUCAAGGUGUUCUACCCCUCCAACAAGACAGUUGAGGACAGCAAACUUCAGGGCCUCUGAAGCUCUGGGAGGCUGCAGAGAGGGAGUGAGCCCUUGCAAAGCCAGCUGCAGCACUCAUGUUAGAGGAACUGGUUUCAGAAUAAAUCUCAAGGCCUAAAAUGAUGUAUUUUUUUACAUAAAUAAACUUUUACAGGAAAAGA